UUUUUCACUGCAAACAACCCUUCUGAAACUUUGCAUGAGAGUCAAGUUACUAAAUCGAUUGCAGAAUUCUAUACCAAGUAUUUCUUAUAAAUACACAUUUCAGAAGUGCACCUAAACCACAGUAUCCACACAGAAAACCAACAUUUUGAUAACAUCAUCAAUUGAUUGACACAACAAAAGAACAAAGAUGGCCUCAACUCAACCCAUAGUCCUAGUAGUUGUGGUUGUCGGUGCUGGAGGCCUUGUCUUUCUUUCUUUGCUUACUUUUGCACUAUUCUACUUCUUUAAGAAGAGGAAUGAGAAGACACAAGAAACCGACAUCAUACAUAUCGAUGAGCAUAAAAAGGGUAAGGAAACCAUUACUCCUGGUCCUUUUGGAAAACAAGCAGUAGCUAUAUCAGUUGAAGAUGAUGUGCAUGUAGAUGAAACAAGAAAGAAAGAGAAACUCAGCCAUGGUUUGCAAGCCAAUUCAUCCUCAGAUAUCAUUCGUAUCGAUGAGCAUAAAAAGGGCAAUGAAACUAUUGUUCCUGGUCCUUUUGGACAACAAGCAGUAGUUAUAUCAGUUGAAGAUGAUCUGCAUGUAAAUGAAGCAAGGAAGAGUGAGAAACAUGGUCAUGCCAAAGCAAACCAUCACAAUUCUAACAGCCAAUAGGUCAGAACUUCUCAUGGCCAUCAUCACCAGCUUGAGAACAAAUCCUGAUUGGAAGCUUUGUGUAAAUUCCCAUAGAAACUACUAUCCUUCUACAGGGACUCCUAACAAAUAUGCCAAUUCAACUUAAAUAAUUCAAUGAAUAAACAACAAACAUUCUUCA